AGGGCGCCCCGAGGGUAGAGCCAUCGAUGAGUUCCCCCCGCGCCUGACGCGCAGGAGGCGGCCGCCGGCGCCUUGCCGCCCGGCGGGCGCCGGCCAUGUCCCGCUAUGAGUGCUGCUACAGCUCUGGCAGGCAGUUCGUGUUCACAGAGCGGAAGGGCUGGCCGAUCGGUGAACGCCAGUUGACGUUGUGCCUGGUCUCGUUUCUGGCAGGGCUCCACAUGUUUUGCUUCAUCAGCUUCGCGGGCAUCGCAACCUUCGAAGUGGCGAUGCUAUGCGUGGCCUCCUGCGCCGCACGAUCGGCGUACAUCUGGUCGUUCCACAGAAGUUCCAAAACGGUGGCCUUCCCUUUGCUUGGUGAUGGUGGUCAUCUUCACUGGAGUCUUGGUUGUCUUUCUCAGCUCCGUCAGGCUGCUGCUCUCGCUGGAGACGAGCUCCGCGAACAGGUGCCUGCUCUUCAGUGUCUCCAUCAUGGUCAUGGGCUUCCUAACUUACAGCUACUUCAGCAUCACUUGCUCCGAGGACGAGCGGAAGCAUCAUAUCUGUCCCUGCACUCCGGAAGGCUGCACCCUGGGGACGGCGGAGCUCGGCUGCCACGGGGAGGAGCCGAAGGACGACGGCUGGGAGGUGUACGCGAGGUUCCUGCAGUGGAUCAUCAGCUGGAGAUGGUGGAGAGACGUCAUCGACGUGCAGGACCGGGACGUGCCGGCCAAGGACGAGCGCGGGUCAUGGGACGCCAUCACGGUGCACAAUCACUCCCUGAAGCUGAUCAAGG